AGAACUUCCGAGUGGAUAAAGCACGAGUUGUUCUGUGAAGCGUCAAAGUUUUAUAUUUUUGCAAAAUAUGCUUUAAAAAAAAUCGAAAAUAUGAAAGUUUUACCCAACUUAACCAAUAAUAAAAAUAAACUGAAUAAAAUCAUUUUAUGAUACACUGGGUUUUUUUUUUUACUUCCUUUACGAGUGACAAGCAUUUCCUGUUUACCGUAACCUUGUUUACAUUAGCAACAAGUAUGGCGACCCGCGAAAACUUGAAGAAAACAAACAUAAGUGUAUUACGUAACAUAGCAUCUGAUCUUGGUAUAAAUUCAAAGAAAAAGAAGAAAGAUGAUUUAAUAUGCGACAUAUUAUCCAGUCAAGCACCAGAAGUAUCAUUAACUCCUGUUGUUCAGUCGAUAUCUGCCGCUGAUGGUGCUGGAGCCGGAGCUGUAGUGCAGUUCAAGGAAAACAUGCCCCCUUUUAAUGCUGUUCAUUAUGAACCGAUAUCACACAAUACUCAACUUCCGAAGGUAUCGUUCACUUCCGUCUAUGAAUUCAUGAUCACAAGAAGAAGACAGGGGGAUCAAAGUAUCCAAAAUUUCAAGGGCCUCGAUAAGUCCGUGAAACAUUUUGACGCUGGCGAUGUCCAGGAUAUAUGUUUAGCCCAAAUUGAUGGUUCAACAGUGUACAUAAGAGCAUACUGUUUAGCCUCCAUGAAAAAACAGCGUUAUCAAGUUUUUUUGUGCAUUACUCAUGCUGAAGGCAAAAACAGAGUGGACUUCGCCUAUUGCCAAUGCCCCAUAGGAUUAGCUCAAGCAUGCAGUCAUAUUGGCGGUCUGCUUUUUUCUAUAUCCAAUGUGCAAUCCUCAGCAAAAGCUUUGGUGCAAACGGACCAGAGCUGCACAUCGUCACUUUGCCAGUGGAAUGUUCCACGAACAAUGAACCAGAAGCCAAUGCCUAUUAGCACCCUGAACCUGUCAAGGCCGAAGGUAGUGGCGAGCAGUGAAACCGAUGUCAAUGUAGCUAUGUUGUCAUCACCAUCACAUGGUUCAGCAAUGGCAAGGUUCGACCCAAGACAUUCUGAGGACAGACACCACAGCCUCACAUGGUCACUGGAUCAACUAAGGAAGCUUAAAGCUAGUUUUCCCCUUACAGGAAUGGCUCAUCUCUGGAACAUCCCAGACACUGGUGUCCCAAGUGUAGUGGAGAAUGAAGUGGAGGUGACUACAGCUGUACACCCACUGCAUCUGAAAAUGGAAAUGAUGGUGUUUUCAGAUGGGAACUUGCCACCACCUAUGAUAGACCAGGAGUUAGUGAGCUAUAUAGAGAAACACACAAGAGCACAGAGACUUAGUGACCUCUGGAAAAAGCUUCAUCUCGGAAGGAUUACUAGUUCCAUAUUUGGUGAUGUUCUUCAAUCAGGAGACAAACCAACAUCCCUUAUCCAACAGAUUUUAUAUGGAUCGAAUCUAGACAAGUACUCGAAGCUACCUCUGGCAGUCCAGUGGGGAGUUGACCACGAGAUGGAUGCUAAGGAAGACUACCUACAGAUCAGAAGAGCUAUUCAAAUGGAAACUGAUGUACAAGAGUCUGGUCUUACUUUAUGUUCAACCCAUUCUUUUCUAGGGGCUUCCAGUGAUGGAAGAGUGGUUGAUAAUGAAAGCACUGGGCUGCUAGAAAUUAAAUGUCCCUACUCCAUCUCAGGACAAAAUGUAACAUUGUUGGGAAUAUCAGACAUUAUGUCAAUGAACUCAAAACAGUUUUGUCUCGAAGUUGGUGAAUUGGGUCCUACAUUGAAAAAAUCGCAUAAGUACUAUGCACAGGUUCAAGGUGAGAUGGCCAUCAUCGGACUCCCCUGGGUGGACUUUGUAGUAUGGACAGCGGCAAAGUCAGACAACAUUUUCAUUGAAAGGAUUUACUUCAAUGAACAAUAUGUUACAAAUAUGCUACCAAAAUUAGUAGAAUUUUACAUGAGGCAUAUUUAUCCACUACUAGUAUUGUGAAAAAAACUGUUGCUCAUAUGUAUGAUGUGGCCCGUAAGCUUCUUGUUUAUCCAAUGUUUUAGGAUCAGUGCCUGACUAUUAACGACAUUUUUGAAAAUAAAAGUGUCUGAAAAUU